AUGGUCAACAACGAGUUUCACGACCCGCGUGGUUUCCUCGAUGUUGCGCCCACACUUGUGUUUCCCAGCGAUACCACCGUCCCUGGCCCUGCCGCCUCGUCUCCAGACAACUUUUGGGGUCGCGAAACGACAUCUCCCGAGCGACGAGCAAGUCUGUACCUGAGCCCAAGUGAGAGCUGGAGUGACGCUGCAACAUUCAUCGAUGGUAGAGAUAACAACCAAUUAUUCACAUAUGAAAACAGAUGGUGUCCAUGGAUGCCUGGUCGACCGCUGGCUGCUCUGCGCGAAAUUUUGACUUUCUGGAAGCCUCUGGUCGAAGAUGGCGUCUGGAUGGUGAACGAAGAAGGUGUUGCUGGUGGUAUGGGAUACUCAACGAUCUACGUGGCAUGA